GUGAAGCGCAAUCUCUAUAAUCAGUCGGUUCGGAGCACAAAACUCAUAAAACCCGUGGAAUGGCGCAAUUCUAUCCUCAAGCUCAUCCUAUAGACAGGCUUCAGUCCGGAGAACUUUCAAGACCGAAGUUUGAAUCGACACUAUGGAUACGUACAAGGCCAGCUUUGUUGGGCUUGCAGCCCUCAGCGGCGUGCUCCUCGUCAGCCAGCCUACUCGACAUACUAUGCUGAGGGCAAUGGCUGGAAAAGCCAAAAAAGCUGAUCCGGAUGCCAAGAUCCCUCCAUUUUCUAAGAAACACCCUCAGAAAACUAUCUACAAGGUCUACUUCUUCAUAACUAUAUCAGCAUGGCUACAGGUAAUCGCGCACAAUCAACACAGUUAUGGCUCGCAAAGUUGACAAUAAUCACAAGGAAAUAUUUAUCAACAACCUAUACCGAAAAGACUAUGGCCUCUCGGAGGAACUCAUCUUUCAACUCACUUUGACGAACUUCGUGACUGCUGGCGUUGUCUCACUUUUUGUCGGCUUGUUCGCUGACAGAUAUGGCCGAAAGUCUACAAAUGUUGUACUCACGGGCUCAUAUGGCGCUGCGGCUUGUUUGGCCAUGAUUCCCGAGGUUCCUGCUCUAUUUGCCGGGCGUUUCUUGGGUGGCAUUGCACAGGCUAUCAUGUUCACUGUUCUCGACUCCUGGAUUGUGGGUGACUUCUUCACCCGCAAGCUACUGACUCAAGGUUGCGAUCUCUACCGCACUUUCGGAACUCUGGGUGUCAUCAACAGCUUUGCUGCCGUACUUUGCGGAGUUUUAGGAGAUCGCCUGAUAUGGGCGACGGGAUACAAUAAGGCACCGUUCGUUGUCAGCUGGCUCGUGAUGUGGCAGGCGAUGCAAGCUGUGUGGUCAAAGAUGCGAGAGGCAUACGGCGCCGUAACCACCGAUGACUUGGAGAUGAAGAACAACACGCCCGCUCUAUCUGACUUCUACAGACGCCCGUAUAUCUGGGCUCUGACUCUCUCAUCGACCGUUUUCGAGGGCUCGGCAUUCUUGUUCGCCUUCGCCGCACUUCCUCUCCUAAAAUCGGUUCACAAGACCAAGACCGAGUUGCCAACGACAUACAUCUUCGCUUGCAUCAUGACCUCCGCUCUGGUUGGUGCUCUAAGUUUCAAUAUCAUUGGAGUCAGAAGGAAGAUUCGAUUUGUGCGUCUGAUGUCUCUGAUCCUUGCUGGUGCCAACUUCGUCUCCUACCAACUCGCACGCGCCAAGAAUGAACGAAGCACCUUCUGGCUAUCUUGCGCUUACGGGCUUCUUAUCGGCCUGUACUACCCUUGUAUGGGUACCUUGAAAGCUCGUUUAGUGGAUGAGGGCAUCCGGUCAACAGUUUUCAGCUGGCUUCGCGCCCCCGUCUACUUCUAUGUGGUUGCCCAGCUUCUCCGGAACCAAGGUGCUCCUAGUACAGUCAAGUUGUUCCAGACUUCGUCCUACUGGUUCACAGGUGCAUUUGCUCUCAUGUGGCUUAUCUCGUUCCACAAAAAGCUCCCAUAGGUCAAGCUCAAGGAAUGGCUCGGAGUUCAUGGAGAACCACA